CUACAAAAUGGCGUCUUACUGCGUGACGGUAACCAGACUCCGGGCGAGAAGAUGUGUUUACGCUUUUACAGGGCUGCUUUUGAACACGUAAUUAAUUAACAUGGUCGACUACAGUCAGCAGAAGUCAGGCGGUGUCUGGUAACGAGUCUUCGGCCGCUGCUAUUCGCAAGGUGAACGCGAGGUUACGUGUUUUACGACGUGAUUUAACUCCUGACAGCUGCGGCUCGCCGAGCCACAGCUAAGCUCCCGGAUGCGCCGCUCUCGCGCGCACGUAAAUGUGAUUCACAAACGCUGGCUCUCGGAACCGGGGCGAGGCGGUUUCAUGUCGCCGCCGUCUUCAGCGCCCGGGCCGGGGCGGCCAUGAGCCGCUUUGAGCCCGGCUCCAGCAUCGGUUACGGGAAGAUGCACGAGAACAUCGGCGUCGUACGCAGGAGGCGCGGCAGGCCUCUGACUCUGUCCGAGAAGAAUGUCUACGGCCACCUGGACGAUCCGUCGGGGCAGGAGAUCGACCGCGGCCGCACCUACCUGCGCCUGCGUCCGGACCGCGUGGCCUUGCAGGACGCCACGGCCCAGAUGGCCAUGCUGCAGUUCAUCAGCAGCGGCCUGCCCAAGGUGGCCGUGCCCUCCACCAUCCACUGCGACCACCUGAUCGAAGCUCAGAUCGGAGGAGCUCAGGACCUGCAGAGGGCAAAGGAAGUGAACCAGGAAGUGUACAACUUCCUUGCGACUUCCGCUGCUAAAUAUGGAGUCGGCUUCUGGAAACCAGGUUCAGGGAUCAUCCACCAGAUCAUCCUGGAGAAUUACGCCUAUCCGGGUGUGAUGCUCAUCGGAACCGACUCCCACACGCCCAACGGCGGCUGCCUCGGCGGCAUCUGCAUCGGAGUGGGCGGAGCCGACGCCGUCGACGUCAUGGCUGGAAUUCCGUGGGAGCUCAAGUGUCCCAAGGUGAUCGGAGUGAGACUGACUGGGACGCUGUCCGGUUGGACUUCCCCAAAGGACGUCAUCCUGAAGGUUGCCGGCAUUCUGACCGUGAAAGGCGGCACGGGGGCCAUUGUGGAGUAUCACGGACCUGGAGUGGACUCCAUUUCCUGCACGGGAAUGGCCACUAUCUGCAACAUGGGCGCUGAGAUCGGGGCCACCACCUUGGUUUUCCCCUACAACCACCGCAUGAAGACGUACCUGCAGAAAACCGGCCGCCGAGAGAUCGCCUCAGCUGCCGAUGAGUUCAGAGACGACCUCGUUCCCGAUGAGGGCUGUGAAUACGACCAAGUCAUCGAGAUCAACCUCAGUGAGCUGAAGCCUCACAUCAACGGGCCGUUCACCCCCGACUUGGCCCAUCCCGUGUCUGAGAUCGGAGCCGUCGCUAAGAAAAGCGGCUGGCCCCUGGAGGUUAAAGUCGGUCUGAUCGGCAGCUGCACCAACUCCAGCUACGAAGACAUGGGCAGAGCGGCCUCUCUCGCCAAGCAGGCUCUGCACAAAGGCCUGAAGUGUAAGGCCCAGUUCACGGUCACGCCGGGCUCGGAGCAGAUCCGCGCCACCAUCGAGAGAGAUGGAUAUGCCAAGAUUUUGAGCGAUGUUGGAGGAGUCAUUCUGGCGAACGCUUGCGGUCCGUGUAUCGGCCAGUGGGACAGGAGAGACGUUAAGAGAGGAGAGAAGAACACCAUAGUGACGUCCUUCAACAGGAACUUCACUGCCAGGAAUGAUGCUAACCCGGCGACUCACGCUUUUGUAACUUCUCCUGAAAUCGUCACAGCUCUGGCUCUGGCCGGGACCCUCAGCUUCAACCCGGAGACCAACUACCUGACCUCCCCCAGUGGGGAGAAGUUCAAGCUGGAGCCUCCCACAGGCGACGAGCUCCCGUCCAGAGACUUCGACCCGGGCCAGGACACGUACCAGCACCCCCCUGCUGAGAGCGCCUCGGUCCGGGUGGACGUGAGCCCCUCCAGCACGCGUCUGCAGCUGUUGGAGCCUUUCGACAAGUGGAAUGGGAGCGAUCUGGAGGACAUGAGGGUCCUCAUCAAGGUUCAGGGAAAAUGCACCACCGACCACAUCAGCGCCGCCGGGCCCUGGCUGAAGUUCCACGGCCACCUGGACAACAUCUCCAACAACAUGCUGAUCGGCGCCAUCAACAUGGAGAACGACGCCGUCAACAGGGUGAAGAACCAGCUGACCGGGGGGUACGGAGGCGUCCCAGACGUGGCUCGCUUCUACAAGGCCAACGGCGUGAACUGGGUGGUGGUGGGAGAUGAGAACUACGGGGAGGGAUCGAGUCGGGAGCACGCCGCCCUGGAGCCACGGCACCUGGGGGGACGCGCCAUCAUCGUCAAGAGCUUCGCCAGAAUCCACGAGACCAAUCUGAAGAAGCAAGGCCUGCUGCCUCUGACUUUCUCCAACCCCGACGACUACGACCGACAGAAUCCGCCCGGACGACAAGAUUUCAAUCACCGGCCUCAAGUCCUUCGCUCCCGGGAAGCCCUGACGGCCGUGAUCAAGCACUGCGACGGAAGCCAGGAGUCCGUCUCCCUGAGCCACACCUUCAACGAGACGCAGAUCGAGUGGUUCAAAGCCGGCUCGGCUCUCAACAGGAUGAAGGAGCUGCAGUAGCUGCCGAGAGGAGAGAAACGGCGGAGGGUGACCGGGCAGGAAACCGACUCGUGUUUAGUCGUUUUCACUCCCAGGAUGCAACACACAUGCAUUAAAAAGGUCGCUGUACCGAUAGAAAGCGCACACCGAUGAAUUAGCACUUAGGUUCUUAAAGCCCUCUCAGUUCACAAGCUGAGUUGCACAAGUUUAGUCAAAAUAUUUGAAAAAAAUAUAUAUAUUUAACUUUUGUUGCACUAGAAUCUCUUCACUAUCUGAAACAUUCCAAUUACAAUGAAUCAUGUGAGCAUUUAAUGCUUCUUAUUAGUGUUUUUAGGCUUGAUUUCAAGUCUGAUGUAAUCAAAUGGGAACGUGAAUUUUAAUUUAAAAACAUGAAGCUUAGAAAUCUCUUACAACACAACCCGUUCCAAAAUUAUUCUCGUUUUUCCGAUGUACCUCGUUUUAAAUGUUUAUCCGUAGAAACCAACCGAUAAGCUGAUCAUUUUUGUUCUGAUUUUAUCGUUUUUGUCGACCCUUUACUGUGAAGGUUUAAGGCGAUCCCAGAUCGGUCGUCCUUUCCUGCUUUCUGACAUCGUUACUGACUUGAACAAAUGGACAGAAUUUACUGUACUACUAACUAUUAUGUUGUUGCAUCUUUGCUAAAAAUUUACUUAUAAGCCAAUCAUUCAUCUGUGCUGUCAGCUACAGCUCACUCUUUUCUCAAUGUAUUAAUUUUUCCUUUGAUGCAAAAAAACAAUUUUCAUCUGCACUAGUCACGUCAGUAUCCACACACUCCUCGCAGCCGUUCCCAUGAUGCUGCCUUGCACUGCGCCUUGCAAAAGUAUUCAUAACACCUCAACUUUUUAACUUUUUUGUGACAUCACAGCCACAAAAUUCAGUUUAUUUAAGUUGUUUUUUUUGGUUUCUUUUUUAAUGGGACAGAGCAACACAAAGUGGUGGAUAAUUUUGAAGAAAAAUAAAUUAUGCAUGAUUUCGUUUUCAGAUAAAAAUCUGGUGUGAUAUUUUAUUUGUGGGUAUCAGAAGAAAAGGGGCUGAUUAAAAGGCAGUUUGCUGUGCCCUUUUUUCUUUUUUUUACCUUGUGGGCAGAAAACAGUUACAUGCCACACUUUUCAGAUAUUCUUUUGUUAGAAAAAAAAAAUCUUCAACCUUACAACUAAGCCCAGCUUUGUAUUGGUCUUCCAUAAAACCAUAAUAAAAUAUGUUGAAGUGUUUGGUUGUACCAAAACAAAAGUGUUGAAAAUUUCAAAAAGAUAUAAAAAAACAAACACUUUUGCAAGGCACUUUCCUCACAAACCAGAAUAAAUUACCCAUUCUACUGCAGUAAAUGGACAUAUUUUCAUUUUUUUAAUGAAUGCUUUGUGUCUAGGUUUGUUUCGGUUUUUAAAAAAUGUCCGUCGUCUUCAGACUCCUGUUGUCCCACCUGGAAAAUCUGAAACGUGAGCUUUUAAUCUACCAAGACCAGGUUCGUUUAUCUGGACCGUAGAGCGGUUCUGUGUGGGACGAGUGUGAAAAGCCCAGUGUUACUCCUGAAUAAACCAACCAUUGUCACAGUGCGUCUAUAGAGGAAAACUCCACACAUGCGUCAUGUUGUGAAAUCCUGUGGAGCUUCGCUAACCUGUCCAGUUUUUCUGUGGUUUGUUAAAAUGUCUGCUUGCUGCUGUACCGACUGUUUUCCCUCAAUAUGGCUGUGAUGAGAUUAUGUGAUGAGAGUGUGUUAAUCUUUAAAAUGAAUGUUGUUCCACUUUUAAGGUUCUCCAUGAUGGGAACGUUGUUCUCUCUCUAACGCACAAUCUAGUAAUCAGGUGCCUGUUCUCUCUUGAAUUUCAUUCACUGCCAGUAGAAAGUCCAAACAAUAUAAGUGUGGGUGAAGAAGGAGGCGAGACGUGACCUCGAUGUUUAACCAAAUAUCUUUUUUUGACAUUUAUAACUGAUGAUGAAGAAAUAUUUAAAAUAUAAUCCCUGAAGAUUUUCAAUUAAUAUUAUCAUAAUUUAUUUCCUUUUUUCUUAGAGCUGCUUUCUGCAGUCUGAUGCAUGAGCAUCAGGGUGAUCCCCUCGCUUAAAUUUCACAGGAAAUCUGUAAAUUCACAACAGGCAAAUGUUGGAACUGAUUGUAGUUGAUUUAUUUUGUGUUUCAACCCUAAUUUGGUGAAGGCGACUAUUGAUAUCCUGACUAAAUAACUCCUCAAACUUUUAAAUAACUAACUUGUAAUGUGUCAUCAUAAAUUUUCUUUUAAUUUUAAAGCUUACUGGUUGAAAUGAUUUACCAGGUUUAAUUUUCCAGUCUGUUUCAUAGAAAAGUUGCUCUUUUUAAAUGCAUAUGACUCUGAUCACCUGGCUUUAUUUACCCUCUGAAUAUUGAGAAACAUUUGUCUUUAACAGUGAAACAAGUCAAGGCUUCGCUGUUGUUUGGUGUGAGACAAUUAAUCAAAAUGGCUGCCCACACGAUGGCAUUAUCUGCUGGUGGAACUCGGGUGUAAUCUGUUUGACCAAUCUCCUACUGUUGAAAUGUCUUUUAAUAUGGAAGGAUGUGCGUUCGUAGUCAUGAUACUCAUCAGUUGAUUAUUUUGUAAAAUUAAUCUGCUGUUUUGUAGCUUAAAGUUGAAAUAUAGUGAUAUUUACAAAUAUAAAUAAUAAAGAUGUGGAAUUAUUGUU